CGGGCGGCGGCGUCGUUGUCCGACCGCCACGGCCCGUCCAACUACAUCCUCGGGAUUGGCGCGUCCUGCUCGGCGGAGAGCAUGAACAUCACGGUGCGGAUGCGGCACCCCUUCCGCGGCAUCGUGUACUCGCGCGGCUUCCCGCUGGAGUGCAGCACGGCGCGCGAGCAGCACCACAAGCUCUUCGACUUCCUGCAGGAGAAGGCCGAGAGGGGCGACAGCGGCGGCAGCGAGGACAACCAGGUGCCGCUGCAGCCGGCCAGGGAGGUGAUGCUGAGCCUGCCCGCCUCCGAGUGCGGCAUCAGGGUCGUCCCCAGCAAGGACGGCGAGGGUCUGUGGCUGCAGACGUCCAUCGUGGUGCAGCUGGACAGGCACCUCCAGCAGGCCGCCGAUCAGACCAGGACCGCGUCGUGCCACCUCCCCGCCAAGGACUCCAGCUCCAGCGUGCUGUUGCAGCCCCUGCAGCCCCUGCAGCAGCACCGGACGGGCCGGCAGUUCGGGGGGGACAUCCCCUCGGUGGACUUCGGCGCGGCGUCCGCGGCGUCCUGGCAGCAGCAGCACUGGCAGCAGCGCGCGCGCGCCGUCAUGGAGAUCCUGAGCACGGCCGGCCGCGCGGGCGUCGGUUCCCGCGUGACGGACUGCUUCGCGCACGACGGCGCGGGCGAGGGCAUGGAGCGCCUGUCGGACGGCCGGGGCUGCCCGACGGACCGCCUCAUCCUGCCGCAGCUCCGCGAGGUGCGCGUCAGCCCCGCGACCCUCGGGGACGCCGUCGACGACGCCACCACCAGUGCACCGUACGCCCCCGCCUCCGCCAGCGAGCCCUCCGCCGCGCAGUUCAAGAAGCGGCGGAAACGCGCCAGCGCCGCCAGCGGGCUCAGCACGCACGUGGCCGCCGCCAAGUUCGCCGCCUUCAAGUUCCCCGACCGGAGCCGUCUGCACCUGCGCUGCCAGCUGCAGCUGUGUCGCGGUGCCUGCCCGCAGGAUCCCUGCUUGUCCGAGAAGGCCAACACGACGCGGCAAGACCGGCGAGUUCGAAAGGUACGUGAUUGA